AUGAUGUCGCUAUCAGUUGAUGGGCUUAACAAGUCUUCCUCAUCGAUUCCUCGAUCAAGAAGAGUGUCUCUCAAACCGUUCGAUGAUCUUGAACAAAUCAAGAGGUUUGCGUCUCUCAACGGCCUCCCCAUUUAUGAAGAUGAUUUCUCUGUCAUAACGUCGCAAUACUUAGUCAUUAAGGCGUAUUAUUUCCCAUCAGGACUAUCUGUCAAGAUACCUUGGAAUACAAUUCUCAGAAUAUCAUUUUUUAAUCAUCCAUUCAAAAAUGAAUUUCCAGUUGCUAAAUGGGGAUCGACAUCUGAUAAAUGCUGGUGGGCAAAAGAUGAUCUGAGGAAAUCACGGCUGAAUCGCAGGCAUGAAUACGUGAGGAUUCGAUGUGCUGCCGUUACGUUCGAUCGAGGUUUUAGCUGCGAGGAUAUAAAGCUUUUUUCGGAAGCACUCCUGAAUGCCAAAAUACAAAUUUUGAUUAAUAUGAAAUGGGCUCUAAUGUCAACUCUUCGGCUUCGAACAUUCUUUGUACUAAAUAGAAAUUACAUAGCUUAUAUCUCUAAGCUUGCAUUAGCAUUUUCUUUGAUUUUCAUUUUUUUGUUUAUCGCAUUUGCUUCGAGAUCAACUGAUGUUUCUUUGGAGUAUAAACAUUAUCGGAUGUUAGGAGAGCCUGAUCUUAGUAAAAGCUGCUUUGUACCUGUACUAGACCCAUGGGAUCCUUCCAUUUUAAAAUAUUUCAGUAAGCCUGAUCCUCUCAUAUGUAAGCCUGUACAAGAGCCUGUUGUGGACUUGAUUGAUGGGCACUUGAAAUUUGAUCAAAAUUAUGUCAAAGGGCGAGUAUGUUACUGGAGAGACUUUCAUCACAAUGAUGGUGUCUCUGAUUUUGACGUAGUGUAUGGAGAUCAGAACUAUUUGAAUUUCGCUGAAAGCGGCUAUACGAUCCCUGUGGAUUCAGAAUUUGUUGAAGUAGUCUGCAAAACUGAUUCUUUCCUUGGAACAGAAAUAUUUCGAAUGCAUUUCGCCCAGAUUCCCACCAAAACAUUUUCAAAUGUAUCCGGCACGCAAAAAAUGAUUGAAAACUCGAGCGCUGAACAUCCGGCCGUUGUUAUGAUCGGCUUAGAUUCCAUGUCCAGAAAUAAUUUUAUGAGACAACUGCCACUAACACAUAGCACGAUGAAAAGAUUAGGAUUUCAAGAUAUGCUCGGACAUGUCAAAAUUGGAGAUAAUACAUAUGCUAAUUGGAUCGCCAUUCUGACUGGAAAACGAGGAGUAACAACGAAGGAGUUCGAUGCGGAAAUUGACGAGAAUUGGGGGAUUUGUUUUGAUGACUUAGAUAUCAUUUGGAAGAACUUCAGUGCUAAUAAUUACGUAACAUUGUUCGCCGAAGAUAGGCCUGAUAUUGGAACUUUUAACUAUUUCGGUUAUCUUUGUGGCUUUAAGAACACUCCAGUUGAUCAUUAUUUUCGACCUUACUGGCUCGCAUCUUACUGGUCGUUUGCAGCUCUCAGAUCUACGCCAUACUGCUACGAUUCCAGAGGGAAGCAUGAAAUACAACUGAAAUAUUUGGAAGAAUUUGUCAGAAAAUAUCAUGGCAAACGUCAUUUCUCUUACUGGUGGAUUCAGGAUAUGAACCAUGACUACUUAAACCUCAUAGGAAAAACUGAUGAAGAUUUCAAUUCUUUCCUUAUUUCGAAUGAAAGAUUCUUCGAUGAAGCAAUUGUUAUAGUUUUCAGUGAUCAUGGUCAUCGAUAUGAUGCUAUUCGUGAAACAAUUGUUGGACGAAUGGAAGCUCGAUUACCGUAUCUAUCCAUUAGAGUACCGCCAAAAAUUGCAUCCAAGUAUAAGAAUCUGUUAGGAACGCUGAAAGAGAACUCUGCAAAGCUUACUACACAGUUUGAUUUAUAUCAAACUCUACUAGGAAUUGCAAAUGGCGAUCUGAAGAACUCUCCUACUGGUAAAAUAAGUCGAAAACGGUCUUAUAGUCUAUUCCAUCCAACCCCUGAGAUCAGACAUUGCUUCGAAGCAAACAUUCCUGAAGAUUAUUGUCCAUGCUUCACAGAGCUGUCAAUCAAUUUGGAUGAGGCGACAGUUCCUGCGAGUGUGUUUCUGAACUCAAUGAAUGAUAUGAUUUUAAGAGGAGCUGACGCUUUAUACGUCAACAGCGAAGAUGAAAUGAGUCAGAAAUACUGCGCCAGACUUGAACUUUUAUCAAUAGAAGAAGCUACUAUCAGGUUCCCUUCUCCUCAUAUUGUUCACGAUGUACAGACUGGUGGUGAACUGCCAGCGAACGGACUAUAUAUCCAAUAUCGGAUCGUGAUAAAAGCAAAAGCUCCAUCCAACGGACUUUUUGAAGGAAUAGUUACAAAAAACCUAAAAACCGGGGUAUGGACUACUGGAGAGAUUGAAAGGAACAAUAGAUAUGGUAACAGCUCUGAUUGUGUAACGGAUAGAAUCCUGAAGAAACUAUGCCACUGUUUAUCAUACAACUGA